GUGGACUAUGUAAAGAAACCCGGAUGGGUUGACAACUGUGGGGCGCCUCAACGGCUGCGACUACUGUCUUUGGCUCGGAAUGGAAGUGCUGCAUGGGGAGGCACGUUUCUGUUCGAGAAGCCAGGCAACAUCUGUCUUCUUUUCUAAGCCUAUCAACGUCUGCAAACAUGAACAUGUUGCUUCAACAACAGAAGCUCGCUGCGGGCUGCAAGCAGCGCAGCGUUGCGCAGCCCUCGCGCGGAUGCGUCGCUGCCCACACCGGCCUGCGCUCUGGGCGCGUUGCUUCCCGUCAACGAUCAGUGACGACUGCGGUCAUGACACCGCCGGCGAAGUCGGAGUCUUCGAGCCCGGUAUAUACCACCAUGAGCCUUGAUGGCCAAAACCUCAAGACUGCUAAGCCUCGCCUGGUUGUGCUGGGUUCCGGCUGGGGCGCCAUGUCGUUCCUGAAGGCGCUGCCGACCAGCAUCAGCUCGACCUAUGAGCUCAUCGUCGUCUCGCCUCGCAACUACUUCCUGUACACGCCGCUGCUGCCGGCUGUGGCGACCGGAACCAUGGAGGAGCGUUCCAUUGUGGAGCCCGUGCGCAACUUCAUCGUGGGCAAGGGCGAGUUCUACGAGGCUCUGUGCAAGGACAUUGACCCGGUCGCCAAGGAGCUGGUGUGCUGCUUCCCGGAGGACGCGGGGCUGGACAGCGCCUGCUUCAAGAUGAGCUACGACGUGCUGGUCAUGGCGGUCGGUUCAGUGAACAACACGUUUGGCAUCAAGGGAGUGGACCAGUACUGCUUCUACUUCAAGUCCAUUGAGGACGCCAACAGGCUGCGCUCGCGCGUGUCGGAGUGCUUUGAGCGCGCCGCCCUGCCUGCCACACCCGAGGAGGAGCGCAAGAAGCUGCUGACGUUUGUGGUGGUGGGCGGCGGCCCCACGGGCGUGGAGGUGGCGGCGGAGCUGUACGACAUGAUCGAGGAGGACCUCUCCAAGCUCUACCCCAACCUGGUCAAGGACGUGUCCAUCCAGGUGGUGGAGCUGAUGGACCACGUGCUGUCCACCUACGACCGCGCCAUUAGCCUGUACACCGCCGAGCAGUUCAAGCGCGCGGGCAUCAAGCUGGUCCUCAACAGUCGUGUGGCGUCCGUGGAGGACGGCGUGGUGCGGGUGGUGAACAAGGCCAACGAGAGCGUCGACAUCAAGUUUGGCGCGUGUGUGUGGGCCACUGGCAUCGCCAUGAACCCGCUGGUGCGGCAGCUGCAGGAGAAGCUGCCGGGGCAGAGCCACUUCAGGUCUGUGCUGACAGAUGACUGCAUGCGCGUCAAGGGCAGCGACGGCUCCAUCUGGGCGCUGGGCGACGCCGCCACCAUUGACCAGCCCAAGGCGCUGGACUAUGCCGAGCAGCUGUUUGAGCAGGCCGACACCAACCGCGAUGGCCGCCUAAGCUUGGAGGAGCUGCGGGUGCUGCUCAACACCGCAUCCAAGGAGUUCAGCCACCUGGAGGAGCACGCGCGCUUCCUGGACAGGGGGGGAGCCCGAAUCAGCCACCGGGAGGAGCACGCGCGCUUCCUGGACAGCCAAACCGGCGUCAAGCGCUUCGGCGGCCUGGUCGCCAAGUCGCUCAGUCCGGCGGAUGCGGCGGCGGCGGCGGCCAGCAACAGCAGCCAGCCCUUUGCGGUGCUGCUGGACGGCAAUACGGAGAUCUCCAAGGAGCAGUUCAAGGACAUUCUUGGCAAGGUGGACAAGGGCCUUCGCGCGCUGCCUGCCACGGCGCAGGUGGCCAACCAGCAGGGCAAGUACCUGGCGGCGGUGUUUGCGGGCAACCGCGUCACGGGGGCCCCGGAGCUGGACGCAGCGCUGGCGGACAAGAUCAAGCCCUUCAGGUACUUCCACAAGGGCUCGGCCGCCUACGUGGGCAGCGACAAGGCCGUGUUCGACCUGCCCAAGUUCGGGCCGCUCACGGGCACGGGCGCGGGCUUUGUGUGGAAGAGCUACGAGACGAUGUCGCAGUUCUCCUUCCGCAACCAGUGUCUGGUCGCCGCCGACUGGCUGCGCACCAAGAUCUUUGGCCGCGACAUCUCGCGAGUGUGAUUUGUAAUCUUAUUACCGAUUUUGCGACGUGGCUAGCGCUGUUGCGUGAUGUAUUUGUAUGUUUGUGUGCGUGUGUGUGUAUGCGCGUAUGUGUCUUGCGUGGCGUGAAGCCAUGUCUGCGAGAUGUUUGGUUGAAGCGCCGCAGGUCGUGUGGCGUCGGUGUGUGGCGAGGAGCGAGGAGUUGCGCGGCGCCACAUCUCGGAAGCUGUGCGCUGGAUGGGCGCUUUGAAGCAGGCAGGACACAGCAGCAAGCUCCGCGUGACUUCUCUUAUGUUGCUGGAACCGGCGCUGUGCGCGCGUGCGCGGUGCGUGUGUGUGUGUGCGCGCGCCUCGCCGGGAUUGGUUCGUAUGGAAGGUGGGUGCGUGAUUGCCGUCGCCGGGGGCCGCGUACGUGGAUCAAACAAGCGCAUUGUGGGCGCCUAGAAGCAAAAGAGUGUAUCGAGUGAGCCGAAGCCGGAGGGGUUAUCUGGAUUCGGGGGAGAGAGAUUCGUGUAGUUUGCGUGAGCACAAGCGACUGUACCGUACGUCGAGCUGACAUUGACGACUAACGUCGACUAAUCGCAUUGACGACUUACGUCGACUAAUCGUAUUUAACACCAGAAGAAAGGGUUGGGUGCCAUUUGGUGACGAGACUUGCCCGUGGAAGGGGCACGUGUGCACCGCGGGCCGUCUGUGUGUGUGUGUUGGGAGGGGUGUGUGGGUGUGGGUGUUCAAGCGCCCAGCCAGCCAGGUGGCGAUGGCGUUACGACAAUGGGAGCGGCCGAGCGGGAGGUAGGAGCGAGAGGGCGUAGCGUGUGUGGGGUGUGGUUUGCACGCAGCUGCCGGUUUCCGUAGCUGUGGGUUUCCCUGUUCCGGGGACGAAGAUACGAGCGCCGUCCGGACUGUUGUACGAAUCACGCGUAGCAGUGCGGUAAUGCGAAUUGAGUCGCGCCUGCCCGCGCCUGCCCAAGGAAUCGUCGCCCAACCCUGCGCUCAGGGGAGGCCGGGAGGGGCAUUUUCAUCCAGCUGUGGCUGUGUGAUGGGACAGGGUUUAGGCAGGUUGGCGAGGUCUCGUGUGGUGCAGCUGACGCCCAUACCCCAGCAGUGGCUAGGUGAAGGAGCCUGGCGGCGGAGGCACAGCUGCGCCUGACAUAAGUAACGCUGCACUUCACAGCUUG